CUGAGCACUGACGGCUUAUGCCGUUUCAGGAAAACAUAUCCCACGUUUCGGAGAGCUAUUAUCGAUAACCUCUUCGGUACUCAACGACAAGAAUCUUGGGCGAUUGCGAUUGUGGCGGUAGCAGCUCUACUGGGAAAUUUCCCUGUCGUACAUUUGGUGAAUAAAGUUGGAAUCCGGACUGUUUUUUCUAGUCUGGGAAUGCUCAGCGCUGUGUCAACGCUACUUAUUCCAACGUCUAUCAGACUCGGUUUUUACUGGUUUCUCGUGGCACGAUUUCUGCAGGGAUUCGCGUUUGCAGCAAAUUUUCCGGUGAUCGGAUCGUUCUGCGCUAAAUGGACGUACUUCAAACAGAAUGGUCUAUUUGUCUCGGCACUGGUCGCGUACGUUCAACUGGCACCCGCCUGUACGAUGCCAGCUUCUGGAGCACUUUGUUCAGCAUUCAGAUGGCCAUCGAUUUUCUACGCUCAUGGUGCUGUGUCGUUGUUUUUGUUUAUUACCUAUGGUCUUUUCUACCGAAAUUCUCCUGGAAAACAUCCAUUCGUCGGAAAUGUCGAGCUCAGAAAGAUCAGUGUUGGAAAGAUUGGAAAUGUCGACAAGCGAGCUCUUCGAGCAAUUCCAUACGGAGCCAUUCUAUCGACACCAGCAAUUUGGGCUGUAUGGAUCGCUUCUAUUGGGAAUUUCACUUGUGUCAAUAUGAUGUUUCUUUUCUCGCCAAAGUAUCUCUCUACUGUUCUGGGCUUCGCUGUCCACAAGACCGGCUUCACUGCUGCUCUGCCACCUCUUGCCCAAUUUCUCAGCAAGUUGGCUUUCGGUAUGCUAUCGGAUCGUAUAAAAUGCAUUUCGGAACAGAACAAAUUCCGAAUCUUCAAUUCAUUGGCCUUCUUCGGAUCGGCAGCUUUUCUGACGAUUUUGGCUUUUAUGGGAGAUGUCUAUAAGAAUUAUAACAUGAUCGUAUUUGGAUGUGCAGCCGGUGUUCUCGGAGCUACUACAGGUGGUUUCUUCAAAGCUGGCCCAGUGAUUUCAAAGCAAUACAGUCAUUUCGUAACCGGUAACAUCUCUCUUGGGAUUACAAUUACAAUGCUUAUUGUUCCGUUCAUCGUUAACUCUCUUACGCCUCAUUCCACGCAAGAAGAAUGGAAAUGGGUCUUCCUUAUCAUCGCUGCCGUUAUGGUAGUGACAAAUCUCAUCUUUAUGGUGUUCAUCAAAGGUGAACCAUGCCGAUGGACACAAGACGAUUUCGUGCGUUCACAGAUGAGAAGCUCCAUUAAAGUUCAAGAUGUCGUCGUUACACCUUCACCUGCUGGUCAACGCUUCUAA